ACUCACAGUAAUCUGCCUCAAUACAUACAGCAUCACAGUAGAAGCUUUUUCUCUCCUGUAUAUUAAUCAGUAGACUUCAUUUCAAGAAACUGGUUUGAUUGAUUCGUUCGAGCAGGUGAUUGAAUCAUCUCGAGUUUGUGACAUCCGUGAAUCUAAUUCUCAGUCAACUCCAAAAGCCCAGUUAGAAUUUAUCAAUAGCAAGCGAUAAACAAUGGCAAAACCCUCAUCGUCGAGAUUUAUCGUCAGGUAUUUUCAUCACAUUGCAUCAAAACCCUCGACGAGUGGUAAUCCCACCAGCAGUGCGAUUUCCCAUUUCAUCGCCGACAAUCCUAAAAUUAUACAGAACCGCACCUUUUCUUCUUGGCUGCCAACGAAUUCCCAAAGAACUCAUUUGUCGUCAUCAGCCAAUAUUCCAGGGAUUUUUGGAAAAUUAGACCCACAGGUCAAAUUCUUACCGAGUAGUCUGGGUUUUAGGUACUUUUCAUUUAAGAAUUUUGAGAUGGGUUCUAAGAAUUUCGCCAAAAAAGUGGUUGAAAAUCCUUCUUUGGCUGUUAAAAAUACAUUUGCACGGUAUAGGGAGGCUGUUGGGCUGCAGAUUGAGGCGUUCUGGAAGAGAAAUUAUCUGGCGGUGCUGGGGGCAGGUGGGGUUGUGGUGUGCAUUUUGCUGUGGCGUGUCUUGUUUGGCAUUGCCAAUACCUUUAUUGGUUUCUCUGAGGGUAUGGCCAAGUAUGGCUUUCUAGCACUUUCAUCCGCUAUCGUCGCCUUUACUGGCUUGUACUUUCGUUCAAAGUACACAAUCAAUCCGGAUAAAGUUUACAGAAUGGCCAUGAGGAAACUAAAUACAUCAGCAGGUAUUCUUGAAGUCAUGGGCGCGCCUCUCACGGGAACUGACUUGAGAGCAUACGUCAUGUCGGGAGGAGGUGUCACCCUGAAAAAUUUCCAGCCAAGUUUAAGAAGCAAAAGGUGUUUUCUUAUUUUCCCUAUACGAGGUUCAGAAAGAAAGGGGUUGGUCAGCGUUGAAGUCAAGAAGAAGAAAGGCCAGUAUGAUAUGAAACUGUUGGCAGUGGAUAUUCCAAUGGCAAGUGGACCCGAUCAACGCCUGUUCUUGAUUGGGGAUGAAGAAGAGUACAAGAUUGGUGGUGGCCUAAUUUCUGAACUACGGGAUCCAGUUGUCAAAGCAUUGGCGGCAACUAAGGAGUUUGAAGCUCGUGAUGCAAUGGAAGAUGAGGAAGACGCUGCAAGGGAACUUCAAGAAGCUGAAAGAAGGCACCGGGAAGAAGUUGAAAAGCUUGAAAAAGGGAACUCUUAGUUGCUUUGUUGAGUUUGUAUAACUCACUUUGCCAUUCCCUCUUUUGUCCUUGCAACCUCAAAGUUUUGACUUCCGGAAUCAAUUGUAGCUGCUACAUUAGCACCUUGUGUUCAUGUUGUAAUCUUUUUGCAAGGUUUGUAGGAAUUUCUUGGCGGGCUGCCUGACUGUACUUUCUAACACAACUUUCAACAGAUCAUAAGCACCUCACAGACAUGUGGGAUCAUACAAUCCUGAGGAUAACUUUACCGUUUCUUCUUCUGUUCAACCAUCAUGGAGUUCAUUUUGGCUUAA